AGGAUUAAGGAAGAUACUGUAAGAGAAAGUGGAAAAGAGGAAGACGGAAGGAAAGGAAAUGGAAAUGCACAUUCUUUAAAAUCGCGUGAUGGGGAAGGCCAACUUUGGUUUAUACAAACAGUGAAUUGGAUUGGCCAAACAUAAAUAGACAAAAUAGUGUUAUUUAAUGCGCUUAUCGUCUCUUUAGAUUACAUAGAGAACAGAAAGAUUGGAUCUCUUUAGCUCUACUUAGGAGGGAAAUUGAAAUAAAAAUACAAUUCCUCUUUGUAAUCAAAUUUCAAUUCCCAGCAAACACUCAUCAUCACACAGCUUCUUCUCUUUGUUUUUUGUAUUGAGCCUUUUUCUCAAGAAGAAGAAGAAGAAGAAGAAGAAAAGAACAGAGAAUGUUUGCAGCUGAGAACGGACUCAAGGGAGACCCCAGGCUACGAGCCAUUUCUGAAGCCAUUCGGGUGGUGCCUCACUUUCCCAAGCCAGGGAUAAUGUUUCAAGAAGUAUAAACAACCUUGGUUUGCCUUAGAUCACAAGGCUUAAGCACACUGUUGAUACUCUUUGUUGAUCAGCUACCAGAAUAAUGGGCCAUUUCUUGUUGGUUGCUGGAGUUGAAGCGCGAGGCUUCAUGUUUGGUCCAUCCAUUGCCUUGGCCAUCGGUGCAAAGUUUGUUCCUUUAAGAAAACCCGGAAAACUGCCAGGUACAGUAAUAUCUGAACAGUAUGUUCUGGAAUAUGGAACUGACUGUCUAGAGAUGGAUGUUGGUGCUGUUCAGCCUGGGGAACGUGCAUUGGUAAUUGAUGAUUUGAUAGCCACGGGCGGAACCCUGUCUGCAGCAAUAAGGCUAUUGGAACGUAUGGGUGCUGAAGUUAUCGAAUGUGCCUGUGUUAUUGGAUUGCCUGAGGUCAAGGGACAGUGCAGGCUCAAUGGAAAGCCACUAUACAUACUCGUUGAGCCGCGGGAAAUAGAUAAUUACUGUCAAGAAGUGUGAAUGUGCAUAUGCUUGAGCUGACUUGAAGAAAGAGAUGAUGCUUGAGCAAAUAGACAGUGAUGAUAUCUUGAUAUGUUGCUACAAUUUCUUGUCAUGUAUUUCCAAAAAUGAAAUUUCUUGUCCAGAUUUGGGCCUGUGCUUACCAUGUGAUGUAGAAAGGAUCUUUGGCCUCUCAAAGCUGGAAGCUGUUAUUACUUGUUCUUUUUUCAUGAUAUAAAAAAAAAAAAAAAAAUUCCAUUUCUAAAA